ACUCGCCCAAUUAGGGAAGUCUAUUUACAAAAAUGACUUGUUUAAAAGUCACAUCAUGAAUUAUACCAGUGAUUCUAUAAACUAAACCAUUUACAAAGGAAUCAACCUUGACUUUACAAUGACUAUAUUCGCCAUCAAAGAAUCCAAGAGUCAUCUACGGAAACAUAUAAAGAAAUCAUUAAAACUAAUAUCGCAAGAAUCAUUAAUCCAACAAUCUCAUGAUAUUCAUAAACUCAUCUUAGAUCAUCCUCAAUUCAAACAAGCAACGAAAAUAGCAUUAUAUAUGAACAUGCCAGAUCUGGAAGUGAAGACUUUAGAUAUCAUUAAAUCAUGUUUCGAAAUGGGGAAGAGUGUCUAUUUGCCGAAAUGUAAUUAUCAUAAAACUUUAAUUCGAAAACAUAAUCAUUUAACCAUGUUGAAAUUAUCAAGUUUUGAAGAUGUAUUGGAGUUGAAACCUCAUGGGAAGUAUAAACUAUUGGAACCAACAGAGGGUGAUGAUGUGUUUCAUGAUUCUGCAGGCUUGGAUAUGAUCAUUGUCCCCGCUGUGGCAUUCACCACAUUAAAACAAAGAAUGGGUCAUGGUGCAGGGUAUUACGAUGAAUAUAUAUCAUCUCAUGUUAAGCAUUUCGGAAAGAAACCUUAUUUAUUGGGUAUUGGACUUCAAGAACAACUUGUCGAUCAUCUACAUACUGAAGAACAUGAUUGGAGUUUAGAUAGUAUCAUUAUAGGUGGUGAAGAUCAUCGUAUUAUUUAUUAGAUUAGAGUCACCUUUGACCGUAUAUAUAUAUGUGUAUAAA